GAUCGAGGAGGUGAGGAAAAUCUUCAAUGAAUACAACGAGAAAAUCCAGUUCACAGUGGAGGUUGAAGAAAACGGGAAAAUUCCCUUUCUCGACCUGCUACUGGUUCGACAACCCGACCAAACGAUCAAAACCGAGUGGUACAUGAAGCCAAUCGCCUCAGGACGGUUUCUGAAUUACCACUCGGCGCACAGCAUCAAACAGAAGGUAAACGUGGCGAAAAAUUUCAUCCGCCGUGUCCAAACCUUCUCAACCAACGUCGAUACAGCCACAACACGUGACAUCAUCACCACCCAGCUCAAACUGAACGAUUACCCCACCACGAUGAUCAACCGCCUCAUCGAUCGAUCGAGAGAACGACAGGUUAACCCUACCAACGAAGACGUCACAGACAGCGAGGAAACGAUCUACCGUUCUAUGGUACAGGUUGGGCAGUUAUCGGGAAACAUUCAGAAAAUCUUGAAGAAAGACUACCCAAAUGUGACCAUUAGCUCAAAAAAUGCCAAAACCGUCGGUAACAUGCUGCCUCCGGUGAAAGACGUCGAGGAUAAAAACAGUAGAUCGAACGUGAUUUAUAAUAUCCCAUGCGCAGACUGUCCUGCGUGUUACGUAGGCAUGACGACGAACAAGCUGCAAACGAGGAUCUCUAGUCACCGCUCCUGUUCCAACCGGCUACAAAGCUUGUGGGACCAGGGCAAGACGACGGAGGACGUGGAGGUUGCACAGCUGCGAGAACGGACGGCGCUGCUAGACCAUUCGGCAGCCAACCAUCAUGUCUUCGCAUUCGAUCGUACACGAAUAGUGGAUUCUAGUUUUAAGCAACAGAACCUACACAUACUCGAAACAUGCCAUAUUGUAAACACACACAACACGGUCAACAAGCGCACAGAUACAGACAACCUCAGCAAUACGUAUGCCGGCGUACUGCACACACUGAGAAACAAUACACGAAGCGAGGCUGUCCGACAGACAGACGAAUCGUUACAACAAGAAUCAAUACAAUCAGAGUAAAAGUGGCGCCAAACAGGCAACUGCAUCGUAGUUCUGCGACCCGGAUCGUUUUCGGAAUUCCCCUCUACCGAACCACCGCCGCAGGCGGCAGAGUAAGUAAACCGGACGAUAAACUGUUCGCCUACACAGCAUGUUCGCCUGAUACUCACGAUUCUUGUUGCAGCGAUACGUUCGUCUGGGACAAAUUUGGCCUAUGCUGUGGGCCUAUGUUACGAGAGAACGGAGCAUAGUUAAAUCCUUGAGAAAGGCACAAUAUAGUGACCGAAACGUCGGAUGAAGACUUAACAAUCCGUUUUUGAGUUUUUCUUCCAAGACUGAAAGCCAUAACCUC